AGAACGAAAGAGGCACACUUUGAAAAAACUCCUUUCACUACAAAUUUUGAACUCUUAUUACUUCUUCUAUUCAUAUGAGAAUUCUUCAGAUCUAGCUUAAAACCCUAAGUUUCUCCGGUGACCGUUGAAAUCCUCCAUGGCUAUGGUGGCCGGACAACAAUCAACUCUAUGGGACGGAGUGAUUGAACUCACUAAGUUGGCUCAGCUGAGAGGCAGUGACCCAUUAAUGUGGGCCAUGCAACUUUCUUCCACACUUAACUCUGCCGGAAUCUCCAUGCCUUCCACCGACGUUGCUAACCUUCUCGUUUCUCAUAUUUGUUGGGGUAAUAAUGUUCCUAUUGCUUGGAAGUUCCUUGACAAAGCUUUGGCGCUUCGGAUUGUUCCUCCUAUGUUCGUUCUAGCUCUUCUUUCAAACAGAGUGAUUCCGACUCGAAGGAGCUAUCCAUUGGCAUACAGGCUUUAUAUGGAACUGUUAAAAAUAUACGCCUUCUCAUUACCAUCUCUGAUUAAUGGUCCAAAUUAUCAAAAGAUCAUGGAAGCUAUAAAUGAUACAUUACAGCUUUCCCAGAUAUUUGGACUUCAGGGGUCUGAAAGUGGUCUAAUUGUGGUUGAAUUUGUUUUUACAAUUGUAUGGGAGUUACUUGAUGCAUCCCUUGAUGAUGAGGGAUUGCUGGAACUGACUGUGGAAAAGAAGUCUAGGUGGCCUAUAACAUCUCAAGAUAUGGGAUUGAAUAAUCAUGAUGGUUUUGCUGGGGGGAGAACAGAAAAACAUGAAGUAUUAUCUAAAUCGAACACAGUUAUGGCUAUUGAAAUAAUUGGUGAACUUUUUCGAGAUAAAGUGACUUCUGCAAUCCUUUAUUUGGCACGCACGAACAUGCCCAUGCAUUGGGAGUCCUUCACCCAGAAUUUAAGACUUCUCGUGUCAAACUCAUCAGCUUUAAGAAACUCUAAAAAUAUAUCUCCGGAGGCUUUGGUGCAGUUAACAUCUGAUAAUCGUGUAGUCCUCUCUAGAAAAUGCAAAACAAGCUCACAUAAAAGGUUUCAUGCUGUAGUGGCAUCUGGUUCGCUUGUAUCUUCUGCAGAUCAGUGUCAUGGUGCUAGUCCAUCAGUGCUCUGGCUUCCCAUUGAUCUCUUUCUAGAAGAUAUCAUGGACGGGUCACAAGUAGCGGUUACAAGUGCUGCUGAAACACUGAGCGGUUUAGUGAAGGCUCUGCAGGCAGUUAACUCUUCAACUUGGCAGGACACUUUUCUUGGAUUAUGGAUUGCAUCCCUAAGGCUUGUUAAUAGAGAAAGGGAUUCAAGUGAGGGGCCAGUACCUCGCCUGGAUACUUGCUUAUGUCUGUUGUUGUCGAUUACGCCACUAGCAAUAGUGAAUCUUCUUGAAGAGGAGGAAAUGGAUUGCAGCUCUACCAAUCAAAGGAAAGAGUCAUCCAGAAAAUGUCGCCAAGACUUGGUAUUUAGCCUUCAGCAACUUGUUGACUAUGAAGGCUUGUUGACCCCACCAUUGCCUGCUGCUCCAUUGGCAAAUCUAGCUGCCGCAAAAGCAAUGAUGUUCCUUUCAGGUAUAAGUGUUGGGAGUGGCUAUUUUGAGGGAAUGAGCUUGAACGACCUGCCUGUCAGUUGCGUUGGAAACCUGCGACACUUGAUUGUCGAAGCUUGCAUUGCCAGAAACAUUUUGGACACCUCUGCUUAUUUGUGGCCCGGAUAUGUAAAAGGUAGAUGCAAUCAAGUUCCUCGUAGCGUCUCGAGUCAAAUGCCUGGCUGGUCAUCAUUGAUGAAGGGAUCUCCCUUAACUCCUCCAAUGGUCAGCUCUUUGGUAUCAACACCAGCAUCAAGUUUAGCAGAAAUAGAGAAAAUAUAUGAGAUUGCAGUCAAUGGCUCGGAUGAUGACAAGAUUUCUGCUGCUGCUAUUCUCUGUGGUGCGUCUUUUGCUCGUGGUUGGAACAUACAGGAACAUACUGUUCUGUUCAUCACCAGGUUGCUUUCACCUCCUGUUCCUGCUAAUUAUUCGGGAACUGAAAGCCAUUUGAUUGGUUAUGCUCGAUUCCUGAAUGUUCUUCUCAUCGGAGUGUCAUCUGUUGAUUGUGUUCAGAUCUUUUCUUUGCAUGGAUUGGUUCCACAACUUGCUGGUGCAUUGAUGCCAAUUUGUGAAGCCUUUGGUGCAUGUGCACCCAAUGUGAAAUGGAUUGUAAUGUCUGAAGAAAUUUCUUCACAUGCCGUCUUCUCAAAUGCAUUCACUCUUUUGCUGAAGUUGUGGAGGUUUGAUCAGCCGCCUCUUGAGCAUCUUAUGGAUGCUGUUCCAGUGGGAGCCCGUCUAACUCCUGAAUACCUUUUACUGGUGCGCAAUUCCCAGUUUACAUCCUCUGAUGAUCUGCAGAAAGAUCAAAGCAAAAUCAAGUGGCUGACUAGACUUUCAAGUCCAUUAUCUAGAGAACCCAUAUUUCUCGAUUCUUUUCCAAAAUUAACACUUUGGUACAGGCAACAUCAAGCAUGCAUUGCGUCACCUCUCUCAGGACUUGUCCCUGGAACUCCUGUUCAUCAGAUUGUUGAAGCACUGUUGAACUUCAUGUUCAGAAAAAUAAAUAGAACAGGUCAGUCCCUGACACCAGCUACUUCUGGAAGCAGUAACUCAUCUGGGCCUGGAAAUGAAGAUGUAUCUCUCCAUCUUAAGCUGCCUGCAUGGGAUAUUCUGGAAGCUGUUCCUUUUGUGCUUGAUGCUGCUCUCACUGCAUGUGCUCAUGGUAGAUUGUCACCACGUGAACUAGCUACAGGUCUCAAGGAUCUGGCCGAUUUUCUCCCAGCUUCUUUGGCAGCAAUCGUAAGCUACUUUUCAGCUGAAGUGACACGGGGUAUCUGGAUGCUUGCUUCUAUGAAUGGAACUGAUUGGCCAAGCCCAGCUGCAAAUUUAGCAACAGUGGAGCAACAGAUAAAGAAAAUUUUAGCUGCAACUGGUGUGAAUGUCCCAAGUCUCACCGUAGGUGGUAAUUCUCCAGCUACCCUUCCAUUGCCCCUGGCAGCCCUUGUGAGCCUCACCAUUACAUACAAACUUGAUAGAUCAACUGACCGCUAUCUGAACUUAAUGGGCCCAGCCUUGAGUAACUUGGCUACGGGUUGUCCUUGGCCCUGCAUGCCUGUCAUGGUUGCUCUAUGGGCCCAAAAGGUGAAGCGCUGGAGUGACUUUCUUGUCUUCUCUGCAUCACGGACUGUGUUUCACCACAAUAGGGAUGCUGUGGUUCAACUGCUUAGAAUGUGCUUUGCAGCUACACUGGGUCUAACUACGUCUUCUAUUGCAAGCAACGGCGGUGUAGGUGCACUUCUUGGUCAUGGUUAUGGCUCUCAUUUUUCUGGUGGCAUCUCUCCUGUUGCCCCUGGUUUACUCUACUUGCGUGUUCAUAGAGCUGUCCCAAAUGUCGUGUUUAUGACAGAAGAAGUUGUUUCCCUUUUGAUGCAUUCUGUUAGAGAUAUUGCAAGUAGUGGAGUACCUGCUGAGAAAUUGGACAAACUCAAGAAAAGUAAAUAUGGUAUGAGGUAUGGUCAGGUUUCUCUUGCUACAGCAAUGACUCGUGUAAGGCUUGCAGCAUCACUGGGCGCUUCAUUAGUUUGGAUCACAGGUGGUGUAGGUUUGGUCCAAUCAUUGAUUAAAGAAACUUUGCCAUCUUGGUUCAUAUCAGCACAUGGCACAGAGCCCAGUGGUGGGAUGUCGGGAGGGCUAGUUGCAAUGCUGGGUGGUUAUGCCCUUGCUUACGUUGCAGUGAUAUCUGGAACAUUUGCAUGGGGUGUAGAUUCAUCAUCACCUGCAGCCAAGCGUCGAUCAAGUACUCUUGAGGCACACUUGGAGUUCCUGGCAGGUGCUCUACAUGGGAAAAUAUCCCUCGGUUGCAACAAAGCCACCUGGAAAUCUUAUGUUACAGGGUUCAUCACGUUGAUAGUGGGACGCACACCAAACUGGUUGCUAGAGGUGGAUGUAGAGGUUUUGAAGAGUCUUAGUAUGGGUUUGAAACAGUGGAAGGAGGAGGAGUUAGCGUUGGCUCUUUUGGGUAGUAGUGGUAUUGGCGCAAUGGGCGCCACUGCUGAAAUGAUUAUAGAAGGUGGUAUGAACUUUGUUAGAUGAGUUGAUUGCGGUUAAUCUUCUUUCUACAAUAGCCUCUUAGAUUCAUCAAGGGAACUAUAUAGCUUCUGUACAAGUUUUGGUUUUGUACAUAUAUAUCAUGUAGCUAAGCAUAGAAACCAAAUAAUUGAAAACUAAAGGAACUCUGCUAUUUCACCUUCA